AUGUUUCGAGACGAUUUAGCCGAUCUUGCUACAAGACAAAGGUUGUCAGAAAAGAGCGAACUCAAAUCAUUAAAUCCGUUCAUGGACACCGAUGGUCUGUUACGUGUUUCCGGAAGAAUUGAUAAUGCCACUUUCUUGUCUCUCGAUGCCAGAAGGCCGAUAAUUCUACCAAAAAAUCACCUGUUUACCAGCCUUUUAGUGGAAUCCUACCACGUUCGUUUUUGCCACAUCAACGUUGCCACAGUUAUGAGCGAAGUUCGACAAAGGUUUUGGGUGCCAUCUCUUCGUCAGCUUUUGAAUAAAAUCAAGCUCAGAUGUCCUAUGUGCAAAGUUAGUCGAGCUAAGCCUACACAACCGCAAAUGGCUCCAUUACCUGUGGAUCGUAUUACCCCAUAUGUGCGACCUUUUUCAUAUACCGGCCUUGACUAUUUUGGCCCUGUCAAUGUUACCAUUCGCCGUCGUAAAGAAAAGAGAUGGGUAGCCCUAUUUACCUGUUUAACCAUCCGAGCCGUCCAUCUAGAAAUCUCCACCGAUCUGUCUAGCGAUGCCUGUCUGCUUUGUAUACGGAAUUUCAUCAACCGAAGGGGCGUUCCAGUGAUGAUUCGAAGCGACAAUGGGACAAAUUUUGUUGGCAUCGCCAAAGAGCUCCAAGGUACGUCUAAUUUUCUCGAUAUUAAUGAUUCGUUUCGUUCAAGUAUGACGGCUCUUGGCAUUAAAUGGGUCUACAAUACACCAAACAACCCUAGUGAAGGCGGCGUUUGGGAACGCUUAGUCCAGUCGGUGAAGAAGGCCUUGUAUGCGAUGUUGAAGGAACAUGCGCCGAAAUUGGAAACCCUUCAAGCUCUGCUCAUAGAGGCGGAGAAUAUGGUGAAUGCGAGGCCUUUAACUCAUAUUCCUGUUUCUCCUGAUGAUUCGGAGCCAUUGACACCCAAUCAUUUCAUUCUUGGAUGUCCCAACUCAACUCAUACACCAGCACCUUUUGAGCCAAGGCUAAUGUGCUUAAGAAAACAAUGGCGAGUGUUGCAGAACAUGAAAAACGGCUUGUGGAAUCAGUGGGUGCGUGAGUAUCUGCCAGAUUUGACCCGACGCACAAAAUGGUGUCUGCCUUCUCAGCCAAUGAAAGUGGGAUGCCUAGUCUUCUUGUGUGAUGGUGAGCUGUCGAGAAGUCAAUGGAAGAGAGGUCGAGUCAUCCAAUUGUUCCAUGGCAAAGAUGGUGUGGCAAGAUCAGCUGAGGUCCGUACUAGUGCUGGUGUAUAUCGUCGUCCUGUUUCGAGAUUAGCUGUCCUUGACGUUGAAGCGCAUGAUGGUGAAGCCUCCCCCUCUGGGUCAGUUCACGGGGGUGGCGAUGUUGGUGAGGGUAACCCUGGUGUUACCAAUAUUUGA